UUAGGACCCGGGGCGGCUUCCCGGAGCGACAGUGGAACUCCGAAGUCGCGCCCGGACCUUGGCCCUGACGGUCGCAGUUCCCGGCGUGAUUCGGCCCGCAGUCCUCCGCCGCCACCCGCUGUCCUCCGCCGCCACCCGCUGUCCUCCGCCGCCACCCGCUGUCCUCCGCGUCCAGCCCUCGGCGCCGGCAUGACGGGCUCGCUGUUCAAGGCAAACUUCUGGAACACAGACUUUCUCAGCACUAUCGGCUAUGACAGCAUCAUCCAGCACCUGAACAAUGGCCGCAAGAACUGCAAGGAAUUUGAGGAUUUUUUAAAAGAACGGGCAGCAAUUGAAGAGAAAUACGGCAAAGACCUGUUGAAUCUCUCCAAGAAGAAGCCAUGUGGACAGUCCGAGAUCAAUACCUUGAAGAGAGCCCUCGAGGUCUUCAAGCAGCAGGUAGAUAAUGUAGCCCAGUGUCACAUCCAGCUUGCGCAGACUCUAAGAGAAGAGGCCAAGAGGAUGGAAGAAUUCAGGGAAAAGCAAAAGCUACAGCGGAAAAAGACAGAAAAUAUAAUGGAUGCUUUCCACAAACAGAAGAACACACACUACAAGAAGACCAUGGAUGCCAAGAAGACUUAUGAGCAGAAGUGCCGGGACAAGGAUGAGGCGGAGCAGGCUGUCCAGCGCAGUGCCAAUGUGGCCAACCAGAAGCAACAAGAGAAGCUUUUUGUGAAACUGGCAACUUCAAAGACCGCAGUAGAGGAUUCAGAUAAAACCUACAUGCAGCAGAUCAACACGCUGGAGAAGGUCCGAGAAGACUGGCAGAGCGAGCACAUUAAGGCCUGCGAGGUGUUUGAGGCUCAAGAAUGUGAGCGUAUCAACUUCUUCCGGAAUGCGUUGUGGUUACAUCUGAAUCAGCUGUCGCAGCAGUGUGUCACCGAUGAUGAAAUGUAUGAACAAGUCCGUAAGAGUUUGGAACUGUGCAGCAUUGAAAAGGAUAUUCAAUAUUUUGUGAACCAGCGGAAAACUGGACAUACCCCACCAGCACCCAUCAUGUAUGAGAAUUUCUACUCUUCUCAGCGGAAUGCAGCCCCACAAGGAAAGACUACAGGGCCCAAUGUAGCAAGGAGAGGACCUCUCCCAGUUCCUAAACAUCUACCAGAAGACCCAGAUUACUCCUUGGUGGAGGACUACACUUUGCUCUAUCAGUAGCGCCAGUGGUGAAAAGAAAGCUUUCUCCAGUUACUGCUUCUGCGGCGUGCAAAGAGGCCCCGAGAGCAGCACAGUUCAUAACCAGAUUGUGUCAAUCAUGAAGACUUGGAUGUGAACUCUUCUUGAAAAUUUUUUGAUGUUUUAAAUUUAUAGUAGACAUUGACUCAACCUAGCCAAGUAGAGGUCUGCAGAGUUGUUUUUUUUUUCUUCUCAGAAAGUUUACAUAGUGCCCCAGAAGGAAGAAUUAUUAUUUCUUGUUUAGUUGCUAAGAUUAUGAGUGUUGUUUUCUAUCUGGGGAGCAAGGUCACUCUGGAUUCUGAGUGUUGGCUUGAGCAGGCAGGUCUGCGGAAGAUGGUGUGAGCUGUGGAAGAUGGUGUGAGCUGUGGAAGAUGGUGUGAGCUGUGGAAGAUGGUGUGAGCUGUGGAAGAUGGUGUGAGCGGCGGAAGAUGGUGUGAGCUGUGAAGAUGGUGUGAGAAGCAGAAAGAUGCUCUUUGGGCUGUGGGAAGUAGGGGCAUGGAAAGAGCGAAACCUUUCCUUGGUGGUGCAAUAUUUAAAAUUACCUUUGUUUUUGGCUGGAAGCCUUAGAUGUGUACGAUUGGUCUUGCUCAUUUUACAGACGGGGAAGCCAGCAGGGUGAGAUCGGGUUCCUUACAAUUCUGAUAGCCUUACAAACUCUGUGAGUUUGUUCUAUGGUACAAUUUGUCUAGCCCUGGGUGAGGCUGCCAAGCUUGUGCUCAAGUUAAAGGAGUGCGGGCACGUUGGAUCAGUGAGUCACGGUGCUUGUGCAAGCCUGAGGACCUCAGCGCCGUCACUGGAACUCACUCCAUUGUUAGCCUCUGGCUUCCACACGUGUGUUGUGGCAUAUACAUAGCUGUGAUUGACAUGCAUGCACUUUAGCCUCCACACAUGUGCCUGUGAUUGACAUGCAUGCCCCCCAAUGCAUCCCUUGCUGUGCUCUGGAACAUUUAAAGAGGCAUUCUUGUCUCUUACUUUUGCCAGCCCCACACGGCAGGAGGUCAUGUACUGUUUAUGUGGUAUUCACACCUGGGAAAGUGGCACACUGGUACUGGUUAUGACAACGUGCAUUAGCACUGUGUCUUAUUGGGUAUUGUAAGUGUCUGUUUCACUGCAAAGAGCAAAUGUGUUCCUCGCCUCUGCAGUCGCUUUCCCAGGACUUUGUCACAUUGAUUAAAAUAAGAUUGAAAGCCAGGCAUGGAGGUGCCUGCCUGUGAUCACAGCAUGCUGGAGGCUGGGACAGGAAGACUGAGUUUGAGAUCAGCCUGUGUACACAGUGAGAACCCAUCUCAACCUCCCCCUGCACGAAGAUCCAUUAUUUCCCCUCUUUCAAUGUAAGAUGCUCUUAGCUGUGGCCGCUCCUUGUCACGACAGGAAAUUUGCACCACUUGGGCAUCCUUUUGAGAAACUCAGGUUUGCAAAGGUCCGUUGACUUCCCCAAACUGGAAAGCCUCAGGAAAUUGUCUAUUGCACAUAGAACUUUCUGUUUUUAAGUGUAUUAUUUAUUGUUGGCAAGUCCUCAAUGACUUAUGUUUUCUGUCAAUCAGCAUAAUUGAUAUAAACGUGUUUCAUGAAUGUCAAAUAAUAUUUUAAUUUUAUUGCUUUUUGUCUGCUUGACAUGAAGUAAAAUAAAAGUUCCUGUUGAUUUGG